UGCAAAAAUACAAAAUGGAUACUACCAUUUGUCAUCUUUGUUUGAGUGGAAAAAUACUAUGAAGAAUUAAAAGAGAAUGAUCAAUUUGUUUAUAAUGAGUAACUCUGAAUGUCCAUCAUAUGGCACAGGAAACAUUGAAUGUCAGCCUUAUAUCUGGGCAAUAUUAGCCUUCUUGGGUUUAGCACUGACUAUAUCACUGAUCUUCAACAUUUCUUACUACAAGGAAAAGCACCAAAAAGAUAAAAUACUUGCAUACGCGAAUGACUACUUUCCCAGGGAAGAUGAGUCUUAUAUUGAAGAUACACCAAUUUAUGGUAACUUAGAAACUGUGAUUCCAGAAUCAAUGGAUGAAAACUGCUAUGAACAAAUGAAAGCUCAACCAGAGAGACCUGUGAGUGAACUGCAAGAGGCCCCCCGACCUGCACAGGUAACCAGUGAAAGAGAGAUGUUCUAUGCCCCACUGGGCCACAACAAUGAGGGGAAGCGCAGGAAGCCCAGGAAACAGAAUGCUUUUUUGUCAGACAAGGAUGAAAACAAGCAAUUACCUUCAAAGAAUGCCAGUAUUUCCCAGACCACUCUGGUAGACAAUUUCCCACCAGAAGGCCAGACAGAGGAGGAAAACAUUCACGAUGACCCCAUCAGACUGUUUGGACUGAUUCGUGCCAAGAAAGAACCUACAAAUUAGCUGGGCUAUGAUUGGGCUCUUGAUGACAUGGUGUUCGAGGAAACACGAUACCCACAUGACACAGUAUGAUUUGAGGGGGUAAUGGUCUGAUCGUUUGUUAGCGAGAUAGCCCUUGCCUCUGUUAUCUAGAGUUUACCACCAAGCAACCAAAAGUAAUUCCGU